AAAAAGAUCACAGCUUGACUAAAGUGCAGUGUUACACUUGAGUAAACUUACCGACGGGUCACUGUUUUUGUCUGCACCAAUAUGUAAGGUACAAGAGCAGAGGUAAGGCUUCUGGGACUGUGACGGCUUCUGAACACUUUAAAGAGGAGUUCACUGACAGAAAGGGGCCAUUGAAUUAUUAUCUACACAGGAGCUGUUCCUGAUCUGAAUGAUUUACUGAUUUACUUAUGGUAAUCUUACUGAUAUUUGACUUAUUAUGACUUCAGUUAGAUGUUAACACAUUAAUUAAUUAAUAUUUAGGUUACUGACAAUUGUUUUUUUUUUUUUUAAGGUUUUAUCAUUACAUAGUUUCUAUUGAUUAUUUAGUGUCUGUCUCUUUAAGAAAGUUUUAUUGGCCUUAACAUUUGUAUUGUUCAGUGUGCAUGAGAAAUGAACAGUGAAACUGGGAGAGGUGCAGUUGUAAUGUUCAUAAAUAUCUAAGAGCAGGUGGAUCUGUAAUUUUAGCUGUGAGAACCUGUUCCAGUUGUCAUUUCGGUUAUGAGUAGGACCAGAAUCAUGGCACCAAUCAACACAGACCUGGUAGGCUGGGCAGCCAAGACACAACCAGAGGCUGCAUUUGUCUCCGUGCUCAUCCUCUUCAUCCUCAGCAUUGCACUCCUCAUUCUCUGCACAAGCUGUAAAAAACAUUCAUUUCAGUUAGAGGAAAAAGCACCGGAGCAGAAAUCAUCAACACUUGUUAGUGUGGCAAGAAUGAAGGAUGCGAGAGGAGCCAACCCUGCUGUUAAUGAAAUCACGAAUAAUGAAAUCGAUCUCAGCUUAGAGCCUUUUGACGGUAACAUAGAAAUCUCUCGAGGAGGAGCAGCGUACAGACCCUGGAGAAGUCACACUCUCACUCAUGGUUCAAGCCUUCAAACUCAAAUAAAUGGUGGCAUCGGGACAACAACUGAUGGUUCAGUAACGCUCCAGGGUAUCUGAGCAAGUGUGACUAAAAUGGCAUUGCUGCCGAAGGCGUAACAUCACUCCAGCUAUAACUACAUUUUUUUGUGAUGGAAAAAAGCCUGCAGAGCGUUCCUCCAUUAUCCUAUGCAACCAUAAACCUGAAACAGCUCUCACAUUAAACAAAACCCCUCACAAUUUGGAGACAUCUGCUUUCAAAGCUGUAUCCUUGAAGAAUCAGGCUGAAGCCAAACAAAACGGUUCCUGCUUUGUGGAUUUGCCAUGUAUAAGUGUCCAGCACCACUUGAACUGAGCUCCUGAUCUGUCCCUCUAUAUUAACCAUACAACACUGAAUCUUUAUGCAAUGUUUCAGACAGUGAUGGAUAUUGUCCCUCAGAAAAAUGGGCCAGAUAUUUGGGCCACACCUGUCGUGACAGACAGGGAUCACUAUUCGGGCAGUCACCAAGUAAAUGUGAUGAAUGCAAUGGUGAGCAAGAAAAUCAAGUAUUCUACUCCACCUAUAUGAAGUGGAAGCAACAGCACCAUCACUACCAGGGAUAACCUAAGGAACUGAAUGGUUUUUACUACAUGUCUUUUUCCAAUGAAAUCCAGUAUUGUAAAAUUGCUCUGAUAUUACAUUAUAUUUAAGUAGGGAUGAUAAAUAAACUUAAUCUCUCAGGUUGA